AUGUCUGAGGCUAUGGACUAUGAAGAGUCUAUAGUGGAAUCCAAGGACGCCCUCUACCUCAUCCUCCUCACGGUUUGCAUUGGAGGCCUGCAGAUCGUCUGGUCUGUCGAACUCUCCAAUGGAUCACCAUAUCUGCUAUCUCUGGGGAUGAGUAAAGCACUGCUUGCGUUUGUUUGGCUUGCAGGGCCCUUGACCGGCGUACUUGUUCAGCCCUAUGUCGGAAUUCUGAGUGAUCGAUGUCGAGUCCCAUGGGGCAAAAGGAAACCCUUCAUGAUUGCUGGAACGCUGGGCACCGUUGCUUCUUCGAUGAUCCUCGCAUACGCCCGCGACAUUAUUAGGGUUCUUGGAGGGCUUGCCAGGGAUGCUCAGUACACUGGAGGUUACAAGACCGGGACCAUCAUCCUUGCUACAAUCAUGAUGUGGUGUCUGGACUUUUCCAUCAACACUGUUCAAGCCGCCAUUCGCGCUUUCAUCGUCGACAACGCCCCUUCCCAUCAACAAGAGUCAGCCAAUGCUUGGGCUUCCCGCAUGACCGGCGUUGGUAAUGUGUUUGGCUAUGUCUUUGGAUAUCUGAAUUUGCCGCGUUAUUUCAGCUUCUUUGGGAACACCCAGUUCAAAGUCCUGGUUGUUCUCGCAUCCAUUGCUCUGAGUUCAACUGUCUUAAUCAGCAUCCUGGCCAUCAAGGAGCGCAAUCCACAACUUGACCCUCCUUCCAAAGCAGAUUACGAAUCAGGCGGGUUACUAUCCUUCUUCAGACAAGUAUUCAGUUCCAUGAGGCGCCUGCCACCUCAAAUCCGCAAGGUCUGCGAGAUACAGUUCUGUCAGUGGUUAGGAUGGUUUCCUUUUCUCUUCUACAUCACAACUUACAUCGGCCAACUGUACGUUGAUCCGCAUCUCAAACCUGGGCUUUCGGACGAUGAAGUGGAGAAGUUUUGGGCCAAGGCUACUCGGAUUGGGACGCUUGCACUGUUGACCUAUGCUAUCGUCUCGUUCUCGUCGAAUAUAAUUCUGCCUUUCUUGGUUGUACCCACGUACAAAUCCAACGGGAGGCAUGAUGCCGAAGAAUUUACGCGACCAAUCACUCCGACCUCCCCUAUCGGCACGAGAUCACUAGAGUUCCCUUGGAAUGAACGGCCUAUACUAAGUCGCUCUCAGACCAGCUUAUCGAUGAAUCGGUCACUCCCUAACCUUGUCCCCAGCACGUCGCCCGAUAAUCCUAGCGGUCUGAGGAAGUGGUUGGACAAAUUGCAAAUCCCAGGGUUAACCUUGCGACGAGCAUGGUUGAUGUCUCAACUCCUCUUCACGCUAUGCAUGUGGAGUACUGUGUUUAUAUCUACACCGUUGGCAGCAUCUAUCAUGACCGCCUUGGUCGGAAUCUCCUGGUCACUGAGCCUUUGGGCACCAUUUGCAUUGAUCUCGGCCGAGAUUUCACGACGUGACGAAAUGAGACGGAAGAAGCAUCGGCAGCGACUGAUGAACGGAGAAGACCUUGACGAUAUCGAUGAUAAAGAAGCAGAGCAGGAGGAUCAAGCUGGUAUUAUCCUCGGACUGCACAACGUGGCCAUUAGCGCUCCACAAAUUCUGGCGACGUUAAUCAGCAGCGCCGUUUUCAAACUGCUUCAGAAGCCCCGAAACGAGCCGGGCGAUGUUAGUGUGGGGUGGACGUUGAGAAUUGGUGGACUCGGAGCACUGGCAGCCGCGUUCAUCACUUGGCGGAUGAAAGAACCUGUGAACGAAGAUGAUACAGAGAACUGA